AUGGAGGCAGAUGAGGGAUUGAUUCUCAACGUGAGUUCUCUGCCUUCCCCAGAGUCCCACCAUUCUGCAGGACACAAGAGGUUCCGCAAGCCAUUGCCCGGCAAGGACAAGUGGCAAUCUAAAGCUCUGAAAAGGAAGCUCCAAUGGGCAGACGAAGGCACACCUUCAAAGCAGAAACCCAAGUUGUCAGUAUCCCCAAUCAAGAAAUGCACUAAGGAGGCUGACAUCUGCGUGAAAGGAAAUUUGUCAUCAAAAUCUCCUCCGAAGAAGCAGUCAACUGUCAGACAGAAUGAGAGCCUAUACAGCAGACCUUUCAUUAAGACGUCUUGUCUGUUUAAAAACAACCCUAAGAUUCCAGAAAUUCACAGAGGUGGAGUGAAACAGGUGCAGGAAAAAGUUUUCACUUCAGAUUCUUUCAGCCAGCUGGACCUCCAUCCCCAUCUGAUUUCCACAAUAACCACGGUCUUGAAGAUGUCUAGUAUGACCAGUGUUCAGAAGCAAACUAUUCCUGUGCUGCUAAAAGGCAAGGAUGCACUGGUGAGGUCCCAGACAGGGUCAGGUAAAACUCUUGCCUAUGGCAUCCCCCUUGUACAGUCCUUGCAGGGAAUGAAGUCAAAAAUACAGCGCAGCGAUGGGCCUUAUGCACUUAUAUUAGUUCCAACAAGAGAGCUAGCCCUACAGAGCUUUGAUACAGUCCAGAAAUUGCUGAAGCCAUUUACCUGGAUUGUGCCUGGCGUGCUAAUGGGGGGAGAAAAGAGGAAGUCUGAAAAAGCCAGAUUACGUAAAGGAAUAAAUAUCCUCAUUUCAACUCCUGGCCGCCUGGUUGAUCACAUCAAGUCCACAAAGUGCAUUCACUUCCGUCGUAUUCAGUGGCUGAUUAUGGAUGAGGCCGACAGGAUCCUGGACAUGGGCUUUGAGAAGGAUGUGACCGUGAUACUCAAUGCUUUAAAUGCAGAGAGCGAGAAGCGGCAGAAUGUCCUGCUCUCAGCCACGCUCACAGAAGGAGUAACGAGGUUGGCCGAUAUCAGUUUGCAUGAUCCAGUGAGCAUUGCCAUUGUGGAGGAAACCUGGGACAGAACCACACCAGAGCAGGAAGCCAUUGGUUCACCAGCCCGCAUGGAAGAGGAUGGCUUUGCCAUACCGGAGAAGCUCAAGCAGCAUGUGGUGGUGGUUCCCAGCAAACUGAGGCUUGUCACGCUAGCAGCUUUUAUCCUGGGGAAGUGUAAGUUUGAAAAACGCCACAAGAUGAUCGUUUUUUUCUCCAGCUGUGAGCAAGUGGAGUUCCACUACAAGCUCCUCCUGAAAGUCCUGCUGGGAGGUCAAGAGGUUGAAGAACCUGAACGUUUGCCGCUCCCCUCUUCGCACUUAAAGUUCCUGCGACUACACGGCAACAUGGAACAGGAGGAAAGGACAGCAGUGUUCCAGGAGUUCUUACAAUGCAAGACAGGCAUCUUACUUUGCACUGAUGUUGCAGCACGAGGAUUAGACCUGCCUCAGGUCACAUGGAUUGUUCAGUAUAACGCUCCGGCUUCGCCUGCAGAAUACGUCCACCGAAUUGGGAGGACGGCUCGGAUUGGCUGUCACGGGAACAGCUUGCUCGUCCUGACUCCUUCGGAGGCAGAAUAUGUCAACUUGCUGGCUUCUCACAAGAUUAAUGUCUCCGAAAUGAAGAUGGAGGAUAUUCUGUCCAGCCUGAUGAAAGACGAUCGUUUCCAGGGGCGCCGGUGGGGAACCAAGAAAUCCCGUGGCACGAACCCCCAGGAAGUGCGGGAACGGGCGACGGUCUUGCAGACGGAAUUUGAAAAUUAUGUGCACUCCGGUGAGGGAACUGUCCAGUGGGCAAAGAAAGCACUGCAGUCGUUCCUUCGCUCCUACACCACCUACCCCAAGACCUUGAAGCACAUCUUCCACAUCAAAUCCCUCCACCUGGGCCAUGUGGCCAAGAGCUUUGGGCUGAGAGAUGCCCCUCAGAACCUCAGCACCUCCAUGGCUGCCAGUCCAGGAAAGAAAACCAAACUGAAACCAAAAAGGCCUGACCUUCGCAGGAAAACCCAAGGCAAACGCCGCCUUGCUGAAAUCUUGCGAUCUGAAUACUCUAGUGGGAUGGACUCUGGUGUAUCCAAGGUCAAGAGAAAGAAAAGACACAGAAAACCUGGCAACCAGAAAAUGCUGAGCUGA